GAGCGAGUGGUGCUCAGGUCUUCAUUCCACCACAACGGUUGAGCUCGAAGUGGUUUUUCCUGUGAGGCCAGCUUCAAGUCGGCAUCAUGAAGUGGCUGGUGGUAGCCUUGCUCUGCCUACCUCUCUUGGAGGCAGCUUUGGUCAGGGUCCCCCUGAAGAAAAUGAAGACUAUCCGUCAGACCAUGAAAGAAAAGGGUGUGCUCAAAGACUUUCUGAAAGCCCACAAGUACGACCCUGGCCAGAAGUACCGCUUUGGCAACUUCGGUGACUUCAGUGUCCUCUAUGAGCCCAUAGCCUACAUGGAUGCUGCCUACUUUGGUGAGAUCAGCAUUGGGACUCCACCCCAGAACUUCCUGGUCCUCUUCGACACUGGCUCCUCCAACCUGUGGGUGCCUUCCAUCUACUGCCAGAGCGAGGCCUGCACCACGCACACCCGAUACAACCCCAGCAAGUCCUCCACCUACUACACCGAUGGGCAGACCUUCUCCCUGCAGUACGGCACCGGCAGCCUUACUGGCUUCUUCGGCUAUGACACUCUGACUGUCCAAGGCAUUAAGGUCCCCAACCAGGAGUUUGGCCUGAGUGAGAAUGAGCCAGGUACCAAUUUUGUCUAUGCCGAUUUCGACGGCAUCAUGGGCCUGGCCUACCCCGGCCUGUCUGCAGGUGGCGCCACCACCGCAAUGCAGGGCUUGUUGCAGGAGGGCGCUCUCUCCCAGCCCCUCUUCGGUGUCUACCUCGGCAGUCAGCAGGGAUCAGACGGUGGACAGAUCGUUUUCGGAGGUGUGGAUGAGAACUUGUACACUGGGGAGAUCACCUGGAUUCCUGUCACCCAGGAGCUCUACUGGCAGAUUGACAUCGAUGAGUUCCUCAUUGAUGACCAGGCCUCCGGCUGGUGCUCCCAGGGCUGCCAAGGCAUUGUAGACACAGGCACCUCUCUGCUCACCAUGCCCUCUCAGUACCUGAGUGACCUUCUGGAGAUCAUAGGCGCCCAGGAAGAUGAGUACGGAGAGUAUUUUGUGAGCUGUGACAGCGUCAGUAGCCUGCCUACCUUCUACUUUGUCCUCAACGGCGUCCAGUUCCCUCUGUCACCCUCUUUCUACAUCCUCGAGGAGGAUGGCAUCUGCAUGGUGGGCCUUGAGUCCUCCCCUCUGACCUCUGAGGAUGGCCAGCCCAUGUGGAUCCUUGGGGAUGUCUUCCUCAGGUCUUACUAUGCCAUCUUCGACAUGGGCAAUAACAGGGUGGGCUUUGCCACUGCUGUCUAGAUUUGCUGUCUGGACACGCCCGCGCCCUUCCCCCGCUUCGGAGGGGUCCCCUCUGUCCUUCCUCUCUGCACCCAGCCUUCCCUUACUCUGUACCCUAGACUUCCUCUGAUAAUAAAUAGUUCUCCACAUUGA